AAAUUAGUCGUUCAUUGCUUCAUGUAGUGGUAUCCUGAAUAGACGAGAAGCAUCAAUCACAUAACAGUUUUUUCUCUUAGAAAGAAAAUACAAAGUUUUUAUUUCGUUUGAGUUUCUUGUUUUAGGUUUUGACAAUUUAGGGGAAAGGAAAAUGGGGUCAAAGUUUCAUGCUUUUCUUUAUCCAUGGUUUGGUUUUGGUCAUAUGAUUCCGUAUCUUCAUCUAGCUAACAAAUUAGCUGAAAAAGGUCAUAGGGUUACUUUCUUGGCUCCCAAGAAAGCUCAGAAACAACUCGAACCUCUCAACUUGUUCCCAAACAGCAUUCACUUCGAGAAUGUUACUCUUCCUCAUGUUGAUGGUCUCCCUGUUGGCGCAGAGACAACCGCGGAUCUCCCGAACUCAUCUAAGAGAGUCCUCGCUGAUGCCAUGGAUCUUCUACGCGAACAGAUUGAAGUUAAGAUUCGUUCUUUGAAACCUGACCUAAUUUUCUUCGAUUUUGUUGAUUGGAUUCCACAAAUGGCAAAAGAAUUAGGAAUCAAAAGUGUAAGUUACCAGAUCAUAUCGGCAGCUUUUAUAGCUAUGUUUUUCGCUCCUCGUGCUGAAUUAGGUUCUCCUCCACCUGGGUUUCCUUCAUCAAAAGUAGCAUUACGUGGACAUGACGCUAACAUCUAUUCACUCUUCGCAAACACCCGCAAAUUUCUCUUUGAUCGAGUCACCACAGGCCUUAAGAACUGCGACGUCAUUGCCAUAAGGACAUGUGCAGAAAUCGAAGGUAACUUAUGUGAUUUCAUCGAAAGACAAUGUCAGAGAAAAGUUCUCUUAACCGGUCCAAUGUUCCUUGAUCCACAAGGGAAGAGUGGUAAGCCGCUAGAAGAUCGAUGGAAUAAUUGGUUAAACGGAUUUGAACCAAGCUCGGUAGUGUACUGUGCGUUUGGCACCCAUUUCUUUUUCGAGAUAGAUCAAUUUCAAGAACUCUGUUUAGGAAUGGAGCUCACGGGUCUACCUUUUUUGGUAGCGGUUAUGCCACCGAGAGGGUCUUCAACGAUUCAAGAAGCAUUACCAGAAGGGUUCGAAGAACGGAUUAAAGGGCGUGGAAUUGUUUGGGGAGGAUGGGUGGAACAACCUUUGAUAUUGUCUCAUCCAUCAAUAGGUUGCUUUGUGAACCAUUGCGGGUUCGGUUCAAUGUGGGAGUCUUUGGUUAGUGAUUGCCAGAUUGUGUUUAUUCCACAAUUGGUUGAUCAAGUUCUCACAACGAGAUUGUUGACCGAAGAACUCGAGGUCUCCGUGAAAGUAAAGAGAGAUGAAAUUACUGGUUGGUUUUCGAAGGAGAGCUUGAGGGAUACGGUCAAAUCUGUGAUGGAUAAAAAUAGUGAGAUUGGGAAUCUAGUGAGGAGGAAUCAUAAGAAACUGAAGGAAACUUUGGUUAGUCCUGGAUUGUUGAGUAGUUAUGCUGAUAAGUUUGUUGACGAAUUAGAGAAUCAUAUCCACAGUAAGAAUUGAAAACUUGAUCAAAUUAAAAACUUUUUUUUUUUUGGGUAGCAAAUAAUAUUUCCUCUGUUUUCAAAUGACAAUAGUCGUUUUACUUUCGUAAGAUUUAAUGUUUCAGACCGUGGACUCAUUAUUUUCUGAAAUAAAGUGUGAAAUUUGAUUACAAAAAACAAUUGGUUGUGACAUUG